AUUGAAGGCAAACAUGUCGUCCACGAACCACAAUCCUAGUCCCAUACCAGAAAUAAAUAUUGAUUACAAAGCUAAUUUAUGACCAAAAUUUCUAGAGAACGAGGGAAAUCGCGCGAUUGUCGAAAGGAAUCGUGCAUUCCGAGCGGCAAUCGUGGACUCAAAUUCGCUUGGAUACUGUGGAGGCUUUGUUGGUUGCCGAAGACAGCGGAUCAGCUCCGCGACCGUCUCUACGUGUUUUGAAGGUCACUGAUGACAUAGAAGAAUUCAAUUUGAAGAAAUAAAGUGCUGGGAAAGGAUGAAAGAAAAAAUAUUCUAUGGGUUUGUUCUCCAAUAGAAGCGAGAGAGGAAGACUGGUAGGUGUUAAUAUAAAAUUAUUGUUCUG